AUCGUGCGCAGCUUUGUCACACGGUGUGAGUAUGCAAGCGGCAUCCGCUUUGCUGUUUGUAAGCGGGACGCGUCAGUAGCCAGGGCGAGCUGUCGGCACGGGACAAGUGUUCCCCGGGAAAAGCGCACGGUUGAGGGGGCCGGGAAAUUGGAACCAAGGCACGCACUCACGUGAAUGCCCACAACUUCUGUACGCAAGUUUUACAUAGUAAUACAGGGUCACACUGAUUGACUUGAAGCGACAAAGAGCAUUCGAGCUGUUGUCCUUCAAUUUGCUCACGCGAAACACAAACUGGUCAAGACUACUCACUUUACUGCUAUUAUGGCCUUAUUGCAAAAGCAUAAAUGAAAUAAGCCCUACAGUGCUUCGCUGCCUAUGAAGCAACGAUACGGGCUGGGGACUCCCAGCGUGCUGGCGCUGGUAAUCCUGGCGCUGUUGGCACAAAGUACGUUGGCCCAGGCCACAGAGCCGCUGGUGCAGAAGGCACUAGAGCUGUUCUUUGGCAACACGGCGAAUGCAACUGCUGAUGGCGAGCUGCUUGCGAUGCUGGACGUUGCGAUCACCAUGCCGCUGCUCAAACUCAACGGCACGCUGAAAAAGCUGCCUGAACUGGAUGAGCACGGCGCAUCAGACUGCGUCAGAAGCCUCAUUCAGUUCGGCGAAGAGGGGCGCGACAGCACCGCAGCGUGGGCGCAAAUGCUCGGGGCGUUCUACACGUCACGUGUUGCAAAUAUCACGACGGGGCCACCAGACAUGUUCGGGCUACGGCAGGCCUUCCCUGUCAUCCGCCGCGUGGCGAUGGCGCAGCUCGUGAAGGCGUGGUUGACCCGAUGGCAGCGUCAGGUGCCCUCAGAACUGGAGGCGCCAUUGCAACAGCUGUUCCGUGAGUUCUACGAAGCGCACCGGGUGGUGGCCAUCCGCAAGGGCAUCAUGGAGUACUUCCACAUUUCCAAGGCGGGGGGUACAAGCUGGUGCCACGCAGCCAAGAACAACGGCUGCCGGGCCCAGGUGUACGACUCGGCCUACAUCUGCCAAAUCGGUCAGUUUGACGACCGCGUGCGCUGGCUCAACAACUCAUUCCACGCGCAGCGCACGGGCCGUGGAGCCAGAUGGGGCACGUGGGGCCGCCCGAAGCGCGCCACGGAUAUGACCACGUGCGAGCAGCGGUUCGAGUUCGCGGCGGCGCUGGGCUACCAGUACUUUAGUAAUGAGUACACGCUGCACGAGGGCUUCGAGGACCCGGACAAUGUGGGCACCUGCCCGCAGUUCUUCAAUGUCAUCCUGGUCCGUGACCCGCUGAAGCGGCUGCUGAGCCACCUCAAGUUCGUGACGAUGCAGAUGAAGUGGGACUACCGCAACAACACGCUGUUCCACAACACCUUCACCGGCACCGACAGCGCCUUCUGGGAGGAGUUUGGGCCCGUGCUAGUGGACAACUACAUGCUGCGCGGCAUGCUGGGCGAGACGGUGUACCACUACCCCAUCGGCGGCAUCGGGGCCAAGCAGGUCGCACACGGCCGGGCCAUCCUGCAGCAGUACGACCUGGUUGUGGACUUGGAGGCUGGCCACGACGUGCUGGACGACGUCAUUGAGCUGGGCGUGGGCUGGCCGCACACACUGCGCGAGAUCCACGACAAGGACAGCACCAAGGCCGCCAAGCUGCUCAACCUGACCUACGAGGACUACCUGCCCACCGACAUACAGCGCCUGUUCGAGAAGCAGGGACCCGAUGUGGAGUUCUACAGGUUUGGGAGGGUGCUGGUGCGGCUGGACACGCUGCUGUUCCACGUGGCUCGGGGGCUUGGCGUGCAGCCGCUGGCGGCCACACGCCUGGCGGAGCUGGCGGAGCGGGGCCCGGAGGCCAUCAAGUGCGGCCUGCUGCGCCGCGGCCCCCGGCAGCUCAACAGUACGGAGCGGGAAUGGCAGCCGAAUGAGUAUGCAGACCGGGUGAAUGCCGAGAUGAAGGCGGCCCGAGAGGAGGCACAUCGCCGGUUCGCGCAGCGGGCGGCGCGCGCCAAGGCGUCUAAGCUCGCCAAGGCCGCCGCGGCGGCGGCGCAAGCAGCGGAGGCGGCGGCAAACGCGGUGGUGGCGGCGGCUGAUGCGGUCAGCAGGCAGCAGCAGGGCGGCACGAGGCGGAGAGCGCUGCUGUCGGUGGAUGGUGAAGGAGUGGAGGCGAAAGCGGCGGCGGCGGGGCCGAGCUGGGGGCAGCUGGAGGGCCGGAAAGAGGAGGCCGGCAGGGAUGGCGGCGGCGUAAGGCGGGCUAUGCCUGGCAUGAUGGAAGCCCUUGGGAGAACGGGGGCGCGCCAGCUGCGGCGGGUGCGGCGGCGCGUGUCGGGCGAGGCGGGGUUGGACAGGCGGCUAGCGUUGGAGCUGGGGCUGGAGGGCGUGGCGGAGGAGGGCAAGGAACAGGACGAAGGGGAAGACUACGGCGUGCAUGUGGGUCACGGCGGGCUGUACGACGUGUAUGAGGAGCUUUAGCGUGAGAGUUAGGACUGCGUGCUGGAGGCGUGCUGGAGGGGCGAGCAGGCGUGCGACAUAGUGGGAUCGCGGGGAUUCGCGAUUCAUGGGUUACAGUACAGGCUUGUAGCUUAGGGAAGGGACGCGCGCGUGCGAGCCUGUCGCAACGCCGGUCACUGUGUGGCGGAAAUAUUCGUGUGUGCAUCAAGGUGUGCACUGGUGUGCAUCGCGCGAGCGGGCGGCGUGCUUCAGACUACAAUAGGAUGCGCGACCAGGUGUUGGAAUGUGGAGGACACAUGCGUAAACGCUGGCGGCAUGGUUUUCGGUUGGGGCACUUGGCCAUCAUGCACAGCUGAGGCAUCCGAUGACAGCCAAAAUACAAGGCAGCUGCAUGAAGCCCUUCGGGCGCUGUGGCCUCCCACAGAGCCCCAC